AAAACUUUUACCGAAUCCUCGAUUUUGCAUUCGGUCGGAUUGCUUAUAAACCACUUCAAGAUUAUUGCUUGGGAGCAAUAUGCGCGGACCCUUCUUCGGUUUUUGACUCCGAUUACUUCUACUGCAUGGACGUCAACAUGCUUACUUCUUUACUAAAACGUGAUGAUCUUGGCAUUGACGAGGUGGAAUUAUGGAAUAAUGUGAUAAAAUGGGGAUUUGUUCAGAAUCCGACAUUAUUUGAAGACCCGGCAAAAUGGACACCGGAAUUUACGGCUACGUUUCAACAAUCCUUGGCCGAUUGCAUUCCACUGAUACGGUUUACACUAAUGACACCGGCACAAUUCAGAGAAAAGGUCUGGCCAUUCAAAGAUAUAUUACCCGCAGAUUUGUACGAUAGCGUAUUAUGGUAUUUUCUGAUGCCAGAGGCACAAUCGAACCUGUUUACUCCCAGGCUAAAAACCAUCGAUUCAAAACUUAUUACGCUGAAACAAGCAGCCAUGAUCGCAUCAUGGAUUGAUCAGAAAGAUGAUAAGUUCUACACCUACACAGAAAUUCCUUACGACUUUACACUGCUGAUGCGAGGCUCUGAAGACGGAUAUUCACAGAACAUCCUCCACCAACGAUGUGGAGGUCAGGAGAAAACCUUUUUGCUGCUAAAGAUUAAGACUACUCAGGAGAUCUUCGGGAUGUACAUCUCGGGCAUAUGGAAUGUGACGGCGAGUGCUCGGGCACAUGACAGUUUUAUGUUCUCAUUCAGCGAAGGAAAGGAAACCACCAAGCCGGUUCUAAGUAGGGUGCGAUCGUCGGGAUAUGACUUGGCAUUAAGCAGGGGAAUGGAUCGGGGGAUGGGGGAAUUAGAAAUGUUUAAAGUUUCACCGAAAUUUGGUGUUUCCUCAACUUCGUUGCCACUUACUUUAUAG